UUGAAAGCUAUCGCUAUGGCGCCGAGAACUCCACGCCGUGUUUGCGAUGUCGAUUUCUCCAGGAAGGCGCACGAGCAGCAGCCCCCGCUCCACAAUCGCUGGCAUCCGGACAUCCCUCACAUUGCCGAGGUCCAGGAGAAUGAGAUCUUCACUGUGGAGAUGAUGGAUUGCGCGGGUGGAGCGAUCCGCAACGACGAUUCUGUGGCGGAUAUAGAGGCUCUGGAUCUAUCAGGGGGGCACUGUCUGAGCGGUCCUGUGCGUGUUGUGGAUGAAUCGGGCGCUCUAGCGAUGCCCGGCGACAUCUUGAUGGUGGAGAUAUGCGAUCUAGGGCCGAUUUCUGGGCAGGAAUGGGGCUUCACUGCGAUCUUACCUGGGUUUGGAUUUCUAAGCGAUCGCUUUCCAAAUGCGACCAAGGCGAUCUGGGAUUUCGAAGGGAUCUUUGCAUCGUCGAGACACAUCCCAGGCGUUCGUUUCCCAGGAAUGGUACAUCCUGGACUAAUUGGCACAGCUCCAUCUAAAGAACUUUUGGAGGCUUGGAACGCUCGAGAGAAAGCUCUGGUCGAUACUUCUUCUUCACCACUAGUAGCAGCACUUCCAACAAAACGAAAUGUUCUACUUGGCACGAUCGAAGAAGGCAGCCCGGAUUGGGAAAGAAUUGCCUCCGAAGCCGCAAGAACAGUCCCCGGCCGAGAAAACGGUGGAAACCUCGACAUUAAAAACCUCUCCAGGGGAUGCAAAGUCUACUUCCCCGUGUUCGUGGAGGGUGCUAAUCUCAGCAUGGGAGACAUGCACUUCUCCCAGGGUGACGGCGAGAUUGCUUUCUGUGGAGGCAUCGAGAUGAACGGAUUUCUCACGUUAAGAUGCGAGAUUUUGCGUGGUGGAAUGAAAGACUACAUGAGCCCGACGAAUCUACACGCGCAACCAUUCUUCGAGAUCGGGCCUGUUGAGCCUCGUUUCUCCGACUGGCUGGUUUUCGAAGGAAUCAGCGUGGAUGAACACGGACGGCAGCACUACCUCGACACGACCUUGUCUUUCAAGCGAGCAGUCCUCAAUGCCAUCGAGUACCUCUCGAAGUUUGGAUACACAAGAGAGCAGAUCUACCUUCUUCUGUCAUCCUGCCCUUGCGAGAGCAGGAUCUCGAGCAUCGUCGACUUUCCAAAUGCUGUGGCUACCAUCGCAAUUCCCACAGCAAUCUUCGAUCAGGAUAUAAAACCAAAGAAGAAAAGAUAAUUCUGAGAGAGUGCGAAUCUAAUAUACGCUCCUUGGUUAUGUUUUCGAAUGAAUCAGCAUCGUGGAUGAACAUAGACAACAGCACUACCUCGACGAGACGUUGUGUUUCAAGCAAGCAGUCAUCGAGUACCUCUCAAAGCUGGAUACACGCGAGAUCAGGCAAGUAAAAGCUUUCACGCUGGUUUUACGCUCAAGUUUCUUCCUUCUUUCUUGAUUGCCAAAUCUGCUCUCGCAAGGGAAGCAAGACAAGAGAAGAUAGGAUCUCAAAUGCCGUGGCUGCCAUCGCAAUUCCCACAGCAAUCUUCGACCAGGCUACUCAUGGUCUUAAAAGUUCUUUCAUCUCUUUUGUUUGCAGGAUAUAAGAAAAGAACUUUCAGGAUCCA